UCAUUUGCGCAUUUGUGCCAGUUACGCACUGUGCCAGCCUCGCGCGCUUCUUGCGCGUCUCUCCUCCUCAGCUUCUGCAGACCCGGCUCCUCAAUGCUGAACAUGAGUUCGGAUCAGGAGCCUCCCUGCAGCCCGACUGGCACUGCCAGCUCCAUGUCUCACGUUUCGGACUCAGACUCGGACUCUCCGCUGUCUCCAGCCGGAUCAGAGGGGCGCGGCUCUCACCGACCCCCGGGCAUCUCCAAACGGGACGGGGAAGAACCGAUGGACGAGCGCUUUCCAGCUUGUAUUCGAGAUGCAGUGUCCCAGGUGCUGAAAGGCUACGAUUGGAGCUUGGUGCCCAUGCCAGUCCGGGGAUCCGGGGGCUUCAAGGCUAAACCUCAUGUCAAGAGACCAAUGAACGCCUUUAUGGUUUGGGCACAGGCAGCCAGGAGGAAACUGGCAGAUCAAUACCCGCAUUUACACAAUGCUGAGCUCAGCAAGACCCUGGGCAAACUGUGGCGUUUACUGAGUGAAAAUGAAAAACGUCCCUUUGUGGAGGAGGCUGAGAGACUGAGAGUCCAGCACAAAAAAGAUCACCCUGAUUAUAAGUACCAACCACGGCGAAGGAAGAGCGUGAAGGCAGGGCAAAGUGACUCGGACUCCGGAGCAGAGCUGGGUCAUCACCCUGGAUCCCAGAUGUACAAGAGUGACUCAGGAAUGGGGAGCAUGGGAGAAAAUCAUCUGCAUUCCGAGCAUGCAGGUCAGAAUCAUGGACCUCCGACUCCUCCAACCACCCCUAAGACUGAUCUUCACCAUGGCGGCAAGCAAGAGUUGAAGCAUGAAGGCAGAAGGAUGAUGGACAAUGGGAGGCAAAACAUAGAUUUUAGCAAUGUGGAUAUCAAUGAACUGAGCAGUGAAGUCAUCAGCAACAUAGAAGCUUUCGACGUGCAUGAAUUUGAUCAGUAUCUUCCCCUUAAUGGCCACGGGGCUAUACCUGCUGACCAUGGGCAGAAUACAACAGCGGCACCUUAUGGGCCCUCGUAUCCUCAUGCGGCUGGGGCCACACCAGCUCCUGUUUGGUCGCACAAGAGCUCCUCUACUUCCUCUUCUUCUUCCAUUGAAUCUGGUCAACAGAGACCCCACAUCAAGACAGAGCAGCUGAGCCCCAGCCAUUAUAAUGACCAGUCUCAGGGGUCACCUACCCAUUCUGACUACAAUACCUACAGUGCCCAGGCAUGUGCCACCACUGUAUCAAGUGCUACAGUGCCCACCGCUUUUCCAAGCUCCCAAUGUGACUACACAGACCUUCCAAGCUCUAAUUAUUACAACCCAUACUCUGGUUAUCCAUCCAGUCUCUAUCAAUAUCCAUACUUCCAUUCAUCCCGGCGGCCUUAUGCUACACCCAUCCUCAAUAGCUUGUCCAUCCCACCCUCUCACAGCCCCACCUCCAACUGGGACCAGCCUGUCUACACAACCCUGACAAGGCCUUAAAUGUUUUUUUUUCCCUUGAAUGAAGGACUAUAAUGCCAUAAUAAGGUCUCUGGUGGCUGAAAUUCUUCCAGAACAUAUGCACUAUGAUGGAACAGUGGGAGACGCAGUGCCAGUUUCUAAGUGCCUGCUGAUAAACUGAGGAUUUUUUCUUUUCUACUCUGAAAUGUGGCGGUGGGCCCUUAAGACUUCCCCAGAAAAUAAUUUAGGCAAAUCAAAUUGGAAAGCUAUAUUUUAUUUUUUAUGGGCUGUGAUGUGACAUAAGAUGAAGGAUAAACCUCCUGCAUGAGGACUUUGAACAGUAGGUGCCAAAAACCUUUGACAUUUUAUGCAACGGGAAACCAGACCAACAAUUCUGAUUCUUCUCUGACCAACUUAUACAUUUCCAAAAAGUCUGUUUGAGUGUGUCCGUGAAAAGCAAGAGGGUCAACCAAUGAUGUUCCCUUUGGGUUACUUU